GGAUACGUUCUUCCAAAGCCCGUCAUCAUCCUGCUUAUUAUUAUCGGAGCUGGAUUGCUUGUGUGUGUGGGGUUUGCGAUACACAGUUCCUUUGGAUUCCGGCCGAGUGGAAACGGCAUGAAGAAUAUGGGAGCGGAGCAGAUGGAAUACAUGACGGAGGUGCGUGGGCGAAACUUGGCAGGCAUGAUGGCUCAAGGACAGCGGAGUCAGAUGGAGGCGCCCGGGCCUAGGGGAAUGAGGAGGGGGGAGAGUGUGUACGAUUAG